AAAUGAUGGAAGUUCAUGAAACGGCCGCACUCCCCUCGCCAACCUAUCCGACCCUCGGCAUCCCUUAGCGACAGCGACAGCGACCGUGACAAUGACUCUCGUGCUCUCACCGGCUAAGCUUGUGCUGCUGGCCGUGCACUUCGCUGUCAGUGGCGACGUCGCUAGCUUGGCGACCCUCGCUGCGCGCCACAACACCGUUCUCCGGAAAGACCUGUUGCUGCGCAUCCUCCUCACCUACCUCCCCGAGACGAUUCCUUCGAGCCACUACGUCGACCUUAUCCAGAACCUCGAAAGCGGCACGUUUCCGGACACGGCUAGUCAAGAGGUGAAUGUAUCGUCCGUCGAGGGCCUGGCCGAGGACGACGCGGCAAAGAGAGUCAGGAAGCUGCGCCUGCGCCCACUAAGGCUACCCGAUGCGCCGGUGGAGGAGCCGGAAGACGCGCUCUCGCUGUUUCUGCUGCGCCGCGCGUAUAACGUGGACGAGGAGGCAGGCCUGCUCGACGAGCUGCCUGCCCUGCUGCUGCCCUUCCUCGACCACUCUCCUUGCAUACGCACGCUGUUGGUUUCGACGAUACUGCCUCUCUUGAGGCGCAACUGCGAAUAUUACCCCCAGGAACCGAUUCCAUAUGCGCUCCAGGGGUUUCAGCAACUGCCAGACCGCGUUGCUGUGAACCUCCUCUUAUCCCAAACCGGCAUUCGACAGGGCGACCUUUCUUUGGUUGGACGGGACUUGAGGGGCUUGAUCGGCCCUUGGUUGUCGGAUGGGAAAAGGUGGAAACCCAGGCAAGAUGCCACGGGCGAACCGCGCGGAGGCGAGGCGGUUUGCCCUGGAUGGGAAGAGGUCCUCCGCUGGCUCACGAACCACGCAUCGAAGAACUGGAAAGUGGCCGUCAGCGCGAUCCAGCAGUGGGAUGGCCCAUCGGAUGCCGACCUUUCCUGCUGGGACUCGGUGCAAUGGACUGAUGACCAACGAGAUCAUCUGGAGCAGAGCUAUGCGCAGGCAGCAUUAGCAUCUGCAUACCUCAUCCCGGAGGCGUCCCUGGAAGCCUUGGACGGAGCGUAUAGCAUAGUCGCGAAAGUUGCGAGGAUACGUGGUCUCGAGUCGGUCUCCCCUCUCGCCUCAGCGCUGGCCGUUCUACCGCCUCUCACAGAGCAGAUCCCGGAGGAUAUCAUGUCGGCCAGGAAUGUGACGUGCAUGCGCAACGAUGUCACCGCCCCGUCGAACAUACUAACCACUCCGUCCGAUUCGUCUACAGUCCUUCUGCAGGCGCUUAUUCUGAGUGCACAUGUCCUCACCAAAGCUGGUUCUCCGUGCACGGUACGGAGAGCCGGGGAGCUUGCACUGCUGCGGGACGAGCGAGACCAGAAGGCCGAAGCAACGAAGCUUAUCCACUACAUUAGUAACAACGGGCCUAAGACGGACGACCAAUUCUGGGUCAGGGCACGGAAUGAAAUCCUAUGGCUCCGAGAUUGGGGGGCAGAAGAUGGUUGGUCGCCUGACGGCGUUCCCCGUGGCAUCUUCAGUCAGGUCAAACGUGAAUUCUUGGAGGUGGAGAUUCUGAAGGCGUUGCUAUCCAACACACGCUACUCGCUUGCGACAUCCAUGUACGAGGAUGCGCCGGAUCAGCCCCUGGAUAAGAAGCCUCUACAAGAGGCCAUCUACGCAACUGCCUUGACUGCCUAUGACAAUGCUUCCAACCCCAACCGCACCCGCGGUGGACUCAAGAAGUGCGAUGAUAUACUCAAAGCAUUUCCCAAGACGGUUCAGCGGUCCGAUCCUCAGGCGAAGCGGAUCGAAGCUCUGCUCCAAGCUACGCAUUCGCUGAGCGACUAUCGCCUCGUCCUCAAACAAGGCGAACCCUUUAGCCCUAUUGUCCUGCGGGUUCACACAGACCCGAUUUCCAUCAUUGGCAAGAUUCUGGAACAAAACCCCAAGAGUUAUACACAACUCCCUGACCUUCUCCGUCUCGGCGAGCUGAUGGUAGAAGCCGGACUCACAGCCCACAACAGCACCACCCCCCUAAGCCCCAGUACCACAGAGGACGAACCAAUUCAACGAGCAAUCGCCGAGCGGCGUAUCACAGCAAUGUGCAUCGACGCAGCCCUCAACGAGGACGACUUCGAAACAGCUUACUCCUACGUCGUCAACCGCCUGCCCUCCCUCGCCACAACUUCCACGGCCAACAACAAGAACAGCACCGCCCCCAUCACAGACGACUACUCCUGGAAAGCCGCCCUCCAAGCAGGCAAAUACCGCCGCACCGCGCGCACCCUGCCACCAACACACCUGGGCACGACCUCAGCCAACGCCGACAUCCGCCACCUCGAGCAGCGUAUCGAGUGCCUCUCCGCCGCACUCCGCAUCGCGCCCGCUUCCACACUCCAAGAGAUCUUGAACGCCUUCCGCCGCGCCGAGGAGGAGCUCGAAGCCGCGCUGCGCGAGGAGGAGGAGCGGGAAAACGAACCCAAACCACUGCCGCCCGCUCGUCGUCACCAGCGGGGGAAGUCAGUGUCGGCAGACGAAGACGCCGCGCCCAUGUCCCUGUUCGAUCUGUCCAAGGCGAGCGUGCUCUCGGCACAGAAGAACCUGUCGGCCUUGUCUGCGCUGCCCAGGUCGGCUGGGUUUGGUAGACGGUUAGUAGGAGGAGGAGGAGGGGGAGGGGGAGAAGGUGGUGGUGGAGGAGGAACUGCUGCUGGUGAUGGUGGUAAUAAUGGCGGGGAAAGGAGCAGUCUCGACCAGCCUCCGCUUUCGGCGGCUGGGUCGGUGACCUCGGCCGGGACGGGGAGUGGUGGGGAGGAGGACAAGGGGGCGAAGAGGGUGCGCAAGAGGGAUCAGCUUCGUGAAGCCGCUGUCGGGACGCUUGUGUCCGGUGUCGGGUGGCUGGUUGGGGCGCCGCCUCCCGAGCGGACGUCGUGGGAGUGA